UGUCGGGGCAAAACGGCCGCUAAGGCCCUGGAGAACUGGCCCUGGCACAAUGGCAAAGUGUGAGGAGGCGCCAGAGGCCUUGAAGGACCAGCUGGACGUUGCGCGUGGCCUUGAAAAUCUGCCUGUGAGCGCCUGGCCCCCAGGGGCAGAGCCUGAGCCCUUUCAGUAUACUCCUGAUCACGUAGCUGGGCCUGGAGCAGAUACAGAUCCCUCUCAAAUAACCUUUCCUGGAUGUGCUUGUCUCAAAACUCCCUGCCUCCCUGGUACUUGCUCCUGUCUCCGUCGUGAGAAUAACUAUGACGAUCAUUCAUGCCUCAGAGAUAUAGGAUCCGAAGCAAAGUGCACUGAGCCAGUUUUCGAAUGCAAUGUCCUGUGCCAGUGCAGCGAGCGCUGCAGGAACAGAGUGGUCCAGUGGGGUCUGCAGUUCCACCUCCAGGUGUUCAAGACGGAUCACAAAGGCUGGGGACUUCGUACCCUGGACUUCAUACCAAAAGGACGGUUUGUCUGUGAAUAUGCCGGUGAGGUGUUAGGAAUCUCUGAAGUGCAGAGAAGAAUUCAGUUACAAACAAUACAUGAUUCGAAUUACAUUAUAGCCAUCAGGGAGCAUGUCUGUAAUGGGCAGGUAAUGGAAACAUUUGUGGAUCCUGCCUCUAUAGGAAAUAUUGGAAGAUUCCUUAACCAUUCUUGUGAGCCAAACCUGUUGAUGAUUCCUGUCCGAAUCGACUCGAUGGUACCAAAGUUGGCACUUUUUGCAGCCAGAGACAUUCUGCCAGAAGAAGAACUCUCUUAUGACUAUUCAGGAAGAUUUCUUAAUCUAAUGAAUAGUGAAGACAAAGAAAGGUUAGAUAACGGGAAAUUAAGAAAACCUUGUUAUUGUGGUGCCAGAUCAUGUGCUGCAUUCCUGCCCUAUGACAGCUCCCUGUACUGCCCCUCAGAAAAGCCAAACACGAGUGAGGAAGGAAGAGCACAGAAGAAAUGUGUCUGGCCUCGCAGUGGAAGAGAAUGAGAAGGAUCCAAGCUUGUUGACUCAGCCCUUGCUUCCUGGGUUCCCUUCUUAUAAGCAAGUUACCCUCGAGGUUGGUCCCUGCUCUCCAGAAAGCAGCUCACUCAUCCCUUAGUCUAUGGGA